AUGCAGUCUGAAAAUUCAAUAAACCAUAUCGAUGUUAAUAGCAGUGACUUUCAGGAUAAAUUACUAGACGAAAUUGCAAAUGACUUGACAAGACUAAAAAAAAAUAUUACAAUUAUUACAAAGAUACGAAUGACCGGAAGUGAAAUGGAGGUGGAAACAGCUGCCAUGCACCAUGCUCUGCUUUGGCACCAACUUAAAGAAGCAAAAGAUAAUAUAGUUCAAUCAGAAAACUCUCAACAAUAG